AAGAAGAAGAAGAAGAAGAAGAAGAAGAAGAAGAAGAAGAAGAAGAAGAAGAAGAAGAAGAAGAAGAAGAAGAAGAAGAAGAAGAAGAAGAAGAAGAAGAAGAAGAAGAAGAAGAAGAAGAAGAAGAAGAAGAAGAAGAAGAAGAAGAAGAAGAAGAAGAAGAAGAAGAAGAAGAAGAAGAAGAAGAAGAAGAAGAAGAAGAAGAAGAAGAAAGAAGAAGAAGAAGAAGAAGAAGAAGAAGAAGAAGAAGAAGAAGAAGAAGAAGAAGAAGAAGAAGAAGAAGAAGAAGAAGAAGAAGAAGAAGAAGAAGAAGAAGAAGAAGAAGAAGAAGAAGAAGAAGAAGAAGAAGAAGAAGAAGAAGAAGAAGAAGAAGAAGAAGAAGAAGAAGAAGAAGAAGAAGAAGAAGAAGAAGAAGAAGAAGAAGAAGAAGAAGAAAAGAAGAAGAAGAAGAAGAAGAAGAAGAAGAAGAAGAAGAAGAAGAAGAAGAAGAAGAAGAAGAAGAAGAAGAAGAAGAAGAAGAAGGAAGAAGAAGAAGAAGAAGAAGAAGAAGAAGAAGAAGAAGAAGAAGAAGAAGAAGAAGAAGAAGAAGAAGAAGAAGAAGAAGAAGAAGAAGAAGAAGAAGAAGAAGAAGAAGAAGAAGAAGAAGAAGAAGAAGAAGAAGAAGAAGAAGAAGAAGAAGAAGAAGAAGAAGAAGAAGAAGAAGAAGAAGAAGAAGAAGAAGAAGAAGAAGAAGAAGAAGAAGAAGAAGAAGAAGAAGAAGAAGAAGAAGAAGAAGAAGAAGAAGAAGAAGAAGAAGAAGAAGAAGAAGAAGAAGAAGAAGAAGAAGAAGAAGAAGAAGAAGAAGAAGAAGAAGAAGAAGAAGAAGAAGAAGAAGAAGAAGAAGAAGAAGAAGAAGAAGAAGAA